AUGACACAUAUCGGUGGUGACGGUCACACAACACAUAUCGGUGGUGACGGUCACACGACACAUAUCGGUGGUGACGGUCACACAACACAUAUCGGUGGUGAGGGUCACACGACACAUAUCGGUGAUGAGGGUCACACGACACAUAUCGGUGAUGACGGUCACAUGACACAUAUCGGUGGUGACGGUCACACAACACAUAUCGGUGAUGAGGGUCACACGACACAUAUCGGUGAUGAGGGUCACACGACACAUAUCGGUGAUGACGGUGACACAACACAUAUCGGUGACGGUCACACGACACAUAUCGGUGGUGACGGUGACACAACACAUAUCGGUGGUGACGGCCACACAACACAUAUCGGUGGUGACGGCCACACAACACAUAUCGGUGGUGAUAGUCACACAACACAUAUCGGUAGUGACGGUCACACGACACAUAUCGGUGACGGUCACACAACACAUAUCGGUGUUGACGGUCACAUGACAAAUAUCGGUGGUGACGGCCACACAACACAUAUCGGUGGUGACGGUCACAAGACAUAUAUCGGUGAUGACGGUCACACGACACAUAUCGAUGGUGACGGUCACACACAUAUCGGUGGUGACGAUCACACGACACAAUCGGUGGUGACGGUCACACGACACAUAUCGGUGGUGACGGUCACACAACACAUAUCAGUGGUGACGGUCACAUGA